GGGUCUCUCGGCUUCGUCUUCUUCCCACGCUCGGAAGCACCAUCGUUCCUCUCUCUCUCUCUCUCUCUCUCUCGCGGAAGCUCAAGAUCAUGGAUCGAAUCGCGCGAAUUCCCUGUACUUUUUCAUCAGUGAUGCUCCUUUUGGUCCUCUCGAUGCGAAGUUUCACCAUUUCUGCUGAUGAGAUCUUCACAUCGACGUCUGGUGUGACAUUUGGUAGGAGUUCCCGUGAACCAAAAUACAAGAUUGACUUUCAUUCUGUGGACUCACCUUUUCAUCCUGAUAAUGAGCAGGAAUCAGUGGCAAUGAAAAAUAAAGAAGGGAAGCAUUAUGCUUGUUACCUGCCUCUGGUUGAGGAAAUCAAAACCGUGAAGACCAUUUCACAACAAAAUUCUAGUAAUAUCAUAUUAGAAACUGAUAAAAGGGCUAAACUGAAGACCCCCGAUGAGUUAAUAGAUGUGUUACAUGACUGUCUAUUCAGACACGAGGGCUGGUGGUCUUAUGAAUUUUGCAACCAUAAAUAUGUAAAGCAAUUUCACUUGGAGGGUGAGAAGAGGGUACAAGAAUUUGUUUUGGGCGUGUUUGACGCCGAAGCAACAGCUGCUUUCCAUGAAACCCAUUCAGAUGAUUCUAUGUUAAAAGAUCCUCGCUCCAUCGAUGCCUCACAAAGGUACCAUGCUCAUCAGUAUACAAACGGAACCAUGUGUGAUCUUACAAAUCAGCCUAGGGAGACAGAGGUAAGAUUCGUAUGUUCGGAAUCACCUGUGGUUAUUAGUUCAAUCAAAGAGAUUUCAACUUGCAAGUACGCUCUCACGGUCCAAUUCUCGAUACUCUGCCAACAUCCGUUGUAUCAACAAGAGAGACCAAUGUGGCACACAAUCCAUUGCAAUGAAAUGCUCGAAGAGUCAACGGACGCGGCAAUUGAAGAAGGUAAUACAGGCAAGCUCAUCUCACAAUAAACCCGGUAGAUGAUUCAUAAUGAAAUGCAACCUUGAUACAUAGAAAUGUAUGAUCAUGUAGUUACAGUAAAAAAAUAUGUUUUCUUCACUUGAAAAAUAUGGUAAAUUUUCGGCAUCAGUGCUUCAGCAAUGAUCAGUCUCUUAUCUCUUAUCA